AUGACGCUGGCCGCCGUCACGGGGUUUAGCAUACUCUACAAAUUGCCCGCGUUCUUCGAGAUACAACUGGAUGAUCAGGGUCAAAUGGUGCCCACCGCACUGCGCUACAACCCCACCUACCAACUGUACAACAACGUCGUGGCGUACUCGAUCCUGAUGCUCGUCAUCCCGUGGACGAUCAUCAUUAUCCUGAACUUUAUUGUUAUACUACGGGUACGCGAGGCGUACGGUAAUCGGUGCAGCAUGGCCCAACACUCCGUCCGGCGGUCCAUCCGAAAACGCGACGACGCGGAGAGGAGAUGCACACUAAUGGCUGUGGUGAUGAUCUCGCUGUUUUUCCUAUGUAAUUUCCCCUCACUGAUCAACAACUUCAUCGAGACGUUGUCGGAUGGAUUGAUAUUUCGCCAUCGAAUCCCGAUCUCCAACCUUCUCGUCUGCGUGAAUAGUGCGACGAACAUCCUCAUCUACUGCGUGUUCAACCGCAAGUUCCGCCGUGCCAUCCAGGGGCUGAUUGGGCUCAAGUCGCAACCGUCCGACUCGGAUUCCCGGAAGGGCGUACUCGAACGCGCCGGCUCGUACAUGAUCAGCGGGUUCGCGGUGCGGAUGAUGGCCGGGGCCGGGCAGGCCGCACAAUGGCGCCAUCGAUCGCUCAAUGGGUCCACGAAAUCCACGCAGACUCGAUUCGGCGACGUGGCCACCCCACCCGAGGAAAGCCAAUUGCUCGUCAAGCUCACGCCAGCU